AUGGGUGCCGGACAUUCUGGCAUCUUGCGUCGGCACCGGCAUUCUGAGACUGUCGACAUCAAACAGUCUCUUGAUGCUUGUGAGCCCCAGGUAGGUGUCUCUCUUUCAGAAAUGAAGGAGGAGUUGGUGAGAGUCAUCCAGAAGGAGAUGAAGAUAGCAGCAGGGGCCGAAAAUCUGUACCAUGCCACCAAGGACAGAAAGACCAGAGCCCUGAUGAAGGAGCUGAGGAAGAGCAGUGAGAAGAGGCUGAAAGCCCUUUACUCCUCUCUCCUCAAGCUCAAUGAGGAGAUAGUUCGGAGGGAAGCAGAGCAUGUUCCAGAUGCAGCAGUGGAGACUGCUAGUGACACUGGUGUAAACCUCCCAGCAGAAGAGGUCAGCGCACCUGAGGUUCAGGUUGUUUCAGAACCUGCCAGUGAUUCUUUCGAACAUCAACAUGACGAAUCCACUGAAGAACCAGUGCCAGAGGUAGACGAGGUGCCUGAAGAGCCAUCGGAGAGUGAGAUAUCUGUGGAUGAAGAAAACAUCAGCCCAACUCCACCUGAUGCAGCAGAAGGAUGUCCACUGGAAGUGACAAAGGACCCACAAGCUUUGCAGUUGACCAACUACAGACUGCAAGAUUUCAACCAACGUGGUUUCCUAGGCGAGGGCGGAUUUGCCAAGGUUCUCCUUGUUGAACACGCGGCAACCAAAAGAUCCUAUGCCCUGAAAAUCUUGAAAAAGGAGAGCAUCACCUCCUCAAGGGGCAUUGAAAGGAUCUUGCUAGAGAAACGGGUUGCUUUCGCCGUUGCUGACCACCCUUUCGUUGUGGAUAUCCACGCCACGUUCCAGUCAGAAUACCAUCUAUUCUUUCUGAUGGAGUACGUUGCUGGCGGCUGCUUAAAGAGCUACUUGCAGAGGGAAAGUGCAUUUGAACAACCAAGAGCUAUGUUCUAUGCUGCUUGCACGCUGAUGGCCAUUUCAUAUUUACAUGAAAAUGACAUCAUACACCGAGAUCUCAAGCCGGAAAACCUACUUUUAGACAGCAGUGGAUACGUUAAACUGGCUGAUUUUGGGCUGAGCAAAGACGGAAUUGGCUACGAAGGGCGAACAAGUAGCCUAAAAGGAUCUUUUGGCUACAUGGCUCCAGAAGUCCUCGCCAGGGAGCCAUACUCAAGAUCUGUCGACUGGUGGUCUCUGGGCAUUGUAAUAUACGAAAUGCUAGUUGGGGAGGGAAUGGUAUGCUAA